CGCGCGGCGGCGGCGGGGGCGCGCGGGCCAAUUCCAGGAGCCCGCGGCCGCGAGCCGCGCCCUGGCUGAUACCGGAAAGGCCUGUGAUUGGCCGGCGGCCGCCCCUAUGCAAACGAGCUGAGGGAAUGGAAUUCCUCGGGCCGGGCUUACAGUAAAAGCACGUUCAUUUCCAGGCACUCUCAUUCAUAGAGCCAGCGGGCGCAGGCGGGACGGGCGCCCCGCGGCCGGACCCAGCAAGGGUACCACGCUGCCCGGCCCUGCGCCGGCAGGCAUCUCUUCCUGGGGCCCCUGGGGACACCAGAAGAAAGUCAACCUUUGCUGCUUCUCCUUGACCUGCGUUGGAGUUUCGAUUUGUUUUUUUCUUUCUUUCUUACUUUUGAAUGAACUGGUUUCUUGGCUGGAUGGUUUAACUUCUUUCCUGGCUGUGAACUUUUCUCCGGUUGUUUCCUUUGACAACUGCAAGAGAAAGUACGCUGUGCUUCGAGGCGAGCCGUGAAGUUGCGUGUGCGUGGCAGUGUGCGUGGGAGUGUGUGCCUGCGUGUGUAACUCGAGCCGCUCUGUCUGUUUCGAUCUGCGCUGCAGAGCCUCCUGCAAGGCCCGCUCCACCUGCUGCGGUUACGCGGUGAUCGUGGGUAUUGGCGUGUCCGCGUAGUUAACCGGCCGGCUCUGGGGCGACGUUGGAGGAAGAUCUGAUCUCGUACCGCCUGAGUCGGGGCUGACUCAGGGAGUCAGCGUAGACAGUGGCUGGCUUCUGAAGAGUGCGUGUCUGCGUGCGUGUGACUCGGCUGCUGCUCAACUCCCACCAAACCACAGGAUCAGCCACAAACUUAACCAACAUCCCCAAACCCGAGUUCUCAGAUGUGGAGAGCUGUACCCUGAGUGUCAUCGACUUGGACCUUAUUUUAUUUUUUAAGAUUAGCUUUUCUUUGAAAAGCUGAAUUUUCUGAACUGAGAAUUUUGCCAGAAUUGGAGAGAACAUGACAAGUACUUCUAGCCCAGCCCUUCUCCAACUACUGAAGCUGUUUUUCAAGGCUACUUAAAAAAAAUCUGCAGCGAACAUUAAUGGAUUUCUGUUGUGUUUAAAUUCUCUACAGAUUGUAUUGUAAAUAUUUUAUGAAGUAGAGCAUAUGUAUAUAUUUAUAUAUAUAUGUGCACAUACAUUAGUAGCACAUUUUGGAAGUCUCAGCUCUUGCUUUUGAGGACCGAAGCCUGUUUUGCAUGAUAAAAGUGGCUCUGAAUAUGGAAGACACUCGUGUAUUUGGUGUUGUGUUGGGACUUUAGACAAAACUCACCUGGGAAAAAACUGACAGGCGAUUAACUACUGGAGCUUCCAAACAAUGUAUUUGCUGGUCCUUCUGCUCUCCGCAUAAAUAUUUUAGGAAGUGUAUGGGAAUUUUGCCUCCGGGAACUUUUGUAACAGCUAAAACUGAACUUAAACUCUCAAAACAAGACUCAGAAGAAGAUAGUCUCCCUUGGCAUUUGACUUUGGAUUCUGGUCGCCUACUUUUUAAGGCACUAAGCGGUCGGUUGCUAGGAGCCCUGACCGAGUCUGAGGCUCAUCGGCAUAACGAGAACUUGCCCCCUCCUGGACUGUUAGUAAACUUAGUCUUUCCCCUCCCCCAGCCCCCCCGCAGCAAUAAAGGCCCCGAACUUGUAUGUUGGUCUCCCAGGAGCUGCUUGCUGAAGAUCCGCGCCCCUGUCGCCGUCUGGUAGGAGCUGUUUGCAGGGUCCUAACUCAAUCGGCUUGUUGUGAUGCGUAUCCCCGUAGAUGCCAGCACGAGCCGCCGCUUCACGCCGCCUUCCACCGCGCUGAGCCCGGGCAAGAUGAGCGAGGCGCUGCCGCUGGGCGCCCCGGACGCCAGCGCCGCCCUGGCCGGCAAGCUGAGGAGCGGCGACCGCACCAUGGUGGAGGUGCUGGCCGACCACCCGGGCGAGCUGGUGCGCACCGACAGCCCCAACUUUCUCUGCUCCGUGCUGCCCACGCACUGGCGCUGCAACAAGACCCUGCCCAUCGCUUUCAAGGUAGUGGCACUGGGGGACGUUCCAGAUGGUACUCUGGUCACUGUGAUGGCGGGCAAUGAUGAAAACUACUCAGCCGAACUGAGAAAUGCUACCGCAGCCAUGAAAAACCAAGUCGCAAGAUUCAAUGACCUCAGGUUUGUCGGUCGGAGCGGAAGAGGGAAAAGCUUCACUCUGACCAUUACCGUCUUCACAAACCCACCACAAGUUGCCACUUAUCACAGAGCCAUCAAAAUCACAGUGGAUGGACCCCGAGAACCUCGAAAUACAAGGCAGAUCCAGCCGUCCCCACCGUGGUCCUAUGAUCAGUCCUACCAGUACCUGGGAUCGAUUGCCUCCCCUUCCGUACAUCCAGCAACACCCAUCUCGCCUGGCCGGGCCAGCGGCAUGACAACCCUCUCUGCAGAGCUUUCCAGUCGACUCUCAACGGCGCCGGACCUCACGGCCUUCGGAGACCCGCGGCAGUUCCCCGCGCUGCCCUCUAUCUCAGACCCUCGCAUGCACUACCCCGGCGCCUUCACCUACUCCCCGACGCCCGUCACGUCGGGCAUCGGCAUCGGCAUGUCAGCCAUGAGCUCGGCCACGCGCUACCACACGUACCUGCCGCCGCCCUACCCGGGCUCGUCGCAGGCGCAGGGCGGCCCGUUCCAGGCCAGCUCGCCGUCCUACCACCUGUACUACGGCGCCUCGGCCGGCUCCUACCAGUUCUCCAUGGUGGGCGGCGAGCGCUCGCCGCCGCGCAUCCUGCCGCCCUGCACCAACGCCUCCACCGGCUCGGCGCUGCUCAACCCCAGCCUCCCGAACCAGAGCGACGUGGUGGAGGCCGAGGGCAGCCACAGCAACUCCCCCACCAACAUGGCGCCCGCCGCGCGCCUCGAGGAGGCCGUGUGGCGGCCCUACUGAGCGGCCCGCGCCGGCC